GAUCUUUCAAAAGGUGCUUUAGGUUUCUGGAAAAUGUUUGCAAAAACCUGAAUGGUAACUUGGUCGAAGACUGGUCUGACUUUUUCAAAAAUCUACAUUAGGGUCAUUUUAACGAAAACAAGAACUGUAAAUUCUUCAAAGACUAAAUCGUCUGACGUUUAGGAAAACUCAUACUUCAGGAUCUUUGAAGUCUCCAUUUUGUUGUUUACAAAAACAUGCUGGGUUUGUCGAAGACAAGAUUAUAUUUACGAAAACCAGUACUGUAGCUAUUUAGAAGACUAAAUUGUCAUUAGUGUUUAUGAAAAUAUUUAUUAGGUUUGUCAAUGAGUAAAUUGUAUUUGACAUUUCCGAAAACUUGUACGGUACUUAAGGAUAUUUGAAGACUACAUUUUUUAUGUUUACAAAAACGUGCUGUAGGUUUGUCUAAGACUAACUUGGAUGAUAAUGAAAACCUGCAUUUCAGCUCUUGUCAAACGAAGACUGCAAAUUGUUUAUAGUGUUUGUAAGCAUUAGCUUUCCAACGUGGGAGAAGCAGAUAACAACCCAGAUGUCACCUGUGGCGUCGUCAAAUGUGGAAGAUCCCACCAACUCGGCCUUGACGGAUGACUUCUAAAACAAUAACAAUUGAAGCAAAUUGAGGCUAACGAAACCAAGUCGACUAAAGAAGACGCGUGCGUUCACUGACUAGAAUGUUCUAGAGAUGCUCAAAAUGUCUUGAUUUCAAGUUUCUUGAUUAGAAGAAAUCCAACCUCCCCUUCGGGAGUGCGACGUGGGCUAGUCCGUGUGAGACAGGUCCAGGUGGAAGUGUCCGGUGUGGGUCAGACCGACUCGGGAAGGCUCGGAGACGUCACGAUGUGGUCAGCUUUCUUGGCGCUCACCCUCGCCGCCAUUGCGGUGGCAGGAAGCCACAACGACACCACUCUGGACGGCCACAUCGACAUUGCGAGGGGAAAACUUCUGGCUCCCAGCGUGGUUGGAUGAGGCAUCAAGAAAAUGCCUGAGCUGCAUCACUUUCUGUUGGAGCGCUGGGCAUUGUAUCAUAACCUGGAGUACGAUUCCUCGGAGGAGGAGGAUCCCCGACUCGUUUUUUAUAACGACAAGGAUGAGGUCGUAAAGACGGUUAGGGUGAAGGACAUGAAGGCGGCGGAGAUGGGCGCCCUGUUGGACUCCCUGGGGUUCUACAAGCGUUCCCAGAAGGGCGAAGAGGUGCCUGAGGAGUUCCGGAACUUACCCCUGCGAAGCCUCAGGGAUGAGCUGUGACGCCCCCCGACGGCCCAACGCCGCCACUGCAUCCCGCGCACGCCAUUGAUGACGAACGGAGCCUCAAGGUGUUCCAGAAAAACAAAAUCCCGGCUCCAUUCUGACGGCCCGCUGGGCCGGACGCAGUGUGUGGCAGUCGUACAUUCAUUCAAAACGUGUCUGCCUCAAUAAAAUACAUAAAAGCAAGAACACUCCUGAUUUUUAAU